AUGGCUUUCAUCCAGGACGCGGUCUGUGAAUUCCCGGGCGUCUGUCCUCCAAUCAUUCCACCAACGACUACUACAAUACCCCCUUCAAAUCCGCCUCCUCCUACACAGAAUCCCAAUAUUCUGGAAAGUUCCACACAACCAAAAGCCACAGCCUCUCCAAGAAUCCCUCCAAACCCAAAUUCAAAUCUCACUGAUUACGUGGAAACGGAUUUUGAUGAGCCGAAUGAUUUCAAAGUGGAAGUGGAAUAUGUGAAUGAAUUGGAUGAGAGAGAAUUGGAGGUUUAUUUUGAGAGGGAUAAGUUUAAUGCAAGUGGAGAAAUCGAGAAGGAUGUGAACUCAUUUUUGAUUUCUAUGAUUUUUGUGAUUUGGAGAGUUUUUUGGAACUGA